UUCUUUCAUUCUCUCCCUCUCUUGCUUCCCAUAACAAUCUUUUAGCUUUCACCAUAAUUUGAAAUUUGAAACAUCCUAGUACUUAAGACACAAAACAUGGCAGCAAUUGUCUACCACCCUGGAUUGCAGUCACACCUUGAAUCUCAUCUCGUUGAAUCAAGAACAGUAAGGUUAAGACUACCUUCUCCAAAACAAGUCCCUACUCCUCAAUCUGUUGAUUUAGCCUUCAAAUCUUGUUUGUUUGAUUCAAACAUCAAAACCCAUCACCAUGAAGAAAACAUCAAUAAAACAGAAACUUUUCAAAACAAGUCCAACAACAAUGGUGGUUGGAACUUCCUUGACGCUCUUUCCAAUAAUAUAGCUCAAAACACAUCAAAAAAAGAAACCACAACAGCCACCUAUCUUCCCCCUCAGCAGAAGUGUUCCUCUUUGGUUCUGAGUCCAAAGAGUCUUGAAUUGUGCACAGAAAAUCUUGGCAACGAGAGUGGUACUGACAUUGUAGAAAACGACUUAUUGUUGUCUUCAAUGGGAACAAUGGAGCAAAGACAACCUUGUUCUCAAGUUUUAGCAGCUACUAAGAAAGUGAAAACUCAGAAUUUUCCACCACCUUUGACAACCAUAAGAGGAUCAGAAUCUCUUCAUGUUAGAACCCACCGUGGAGAUGGAAGGUUGGUGAUUGAAGUCACUAAGGUCCCACCAAGUACUUCUUGCUUUCAAGCUGAUAGAAGCCAUGGCUGUCUUCGUCUCUAUUUUUUGACAAAUGAGACUACAAGUUUUGACCCGGAAGAAGAACAAGAAGAAGAUGGUGAAGUUGAUGCUGACGAUGAAAACGAACAACUACAAAAUGAAGAUGAAUUUUCUGAAAAUGAAAUGAUUGGUGGAGAAAUACAAAAUGCUGACAAAGAAACAAAAGAAAAUAAAUCCCAAGGUGUUUUUGUUGCAAGUGAGUGUGAAGGGAUGAAGUUGAGAAUGGAAAGUAGGGUUAGAAGAAGCAAAGAAGGUGGUGAAAAUGAAAACAAUGAAUCGUUAAAUUGGGGUGAGAACGUGAACUUUUGGGUGGCUACUACUUCCUAAAACUAUUUAUAUUUUCCCAUCUAUUUAUCUGUAUUAAUAAAAAACAAGAUUAUGUAUUUGUUUUUUUGUGCA